UCUGUUUCUAUUUGAGCUCGACUCUCUCAGACGGCGGUCAUCAUGGCUCGCUACAGGAGUUACUUACGAGGACUCGCCAUCUGUGUCACUGUGCUGCUACUGGUGUCUGGUGUGGUGAUGAUUGGCGUCGGGUUUUCCUCCAUCGAUGGUAACACACCGGUUGCCGAGCUGUUUGAGCAGCUGUCCAGCAGCGACAGUCUGCUGGUGCUGCAGGUGUUCGGUCCAAUCACUGUGGUUCUGUCUGUUCUGGGCGUCUGUGCUGCGUCUCUGGACCUCAAACCUCUGCUGCUGCUGUUUUCUGCUCUCAUAUUCGUGGAGUUUGUGGCUCUCAUGGUUGUUGCCUCACCGCUGGUUCAGGUUCAAGCUCAGAUGGACGGUGCGGUGGACGAGGUGUUCCUGAACGUAACUCCCCUGCACAGAGCAGAGCGUUACAUCCAGACUGAACUAAACAAACUGCAGGCCUCCGACUCUUGUUGUGGUUUGAGGAGUUUUGAGGACUGGGAGAAUAAACUUCCUGACGGCUGUUUCUGCCCCCCCGCCUUACACCUGCCGCCGAGCUCUCAGCCUGGUAACUCCAGCUCAGACGGGCCCUGUGUGAUGGUGGGCCGAGCUGUAUGGGUUCACUCCGAGCCCUGUGGUCCCAUCCUGAAGAGCUACCUGAGCUUCCCCAUCAAACUCAGGAUAGGAAUCAUUUCAGCCGUCGCCACCAUUACGAUGGCGGCCAUCGCUCUGUGCCUGACGUUGGGUCUGGAGGAAUAUUGGAAGACGCCUCCCGUAGAGACGACAGUCGACGACUUCGACAGAGUGAAAUAUCAACCCAAACCUUCCCUCGCCUGACCUCUGACCUCUGACCCCUCACAACCCAGGCUUCAGUUCAAACUGCUGGUGAUGAUCGAAAGAGUUCAAUAAAACUACGUCACCCACUCUCUCUGCAUCUGAAUCUUUUUCCAGGACAGCAUAUUUAUAUUUGGCAGAAUGUUUGAACAUUUAUUUGUAAAGCAUUAAUCUAUAUAAAGAAGGCGGCUGGUUGUGAUGAAAUGUUUGGUCCUCGUGUUUGAAAAGUGUGUUUUAAAUAAAGUUUAUUUUAUAAGUGA